GCUGCUCGUUAUUUACGGCCGAAUUGCCACCGCCAAGAAAAACGUUUCGCUCAACUCCCCCUCGCUCGAUCCCGCAGGUCAACCUGGUCGCACACAACUCCCUUCCCCUCGCUUCUCCUCUGUAGCCCUACCGCCGCCAUUGCCGCUGCCACGCCCAGCAGCCCCCGUCGCCGGCCAAAUCGUUGACUCAGACUACAGAUCCGGCCGCCCCAGUCUAUUUCCCGCCGGAUCCCAUCGUCUUCGCCGUCCGUCGCGCCUGGUGCAAGGAGCUGCGACCCCAUGGCCCGGAGGAGCUGUCCCCAACGCCAUUGACGCCCAAGAGACGCUCCCAAGCCAGGAGUGGCACCAGGACGACCGCGCCUCCAAGCAUAAACUGCAAGUUUCAAGUAUGUCUGGGGCUGCUGAAUGGAGCGUUGAAAACACUCAGAUUAUCUGCGAGUUGUUUGCUGAGCAAGUGAACGCCGGAAAUAGGCCAGGCAAUUACUUGACACCAAAUGCAUUUGAUGAGGUAGGAAGGCAAUUUAAGAUGAGAACUGGGCUAGACUACACAUAUACACAACUGAAAAACAAAUGGGACAAGCUUAAAGGUGAUUUCAGUUUGUUCAAGAAACUCAAGUUCCGGGAGACCGGAGCCGGAUGGGACUAUGUGAACAACACCGUGUCACAAGAUGAUGAGUGGUGGAAAAAGGCCAAAAUUGACAUUAAAGGUUGUGGCAAGUUCAAGAAGAAAGGUCUUGCUAAUGAGCAAAACUUGCGGAUUAUAUUUGGAGAUAUCACAACUGAUGGUACAGACCAUUGGAAUCCCUCUUCCGGCAUACCUCCCCCCUCUAGUGCAGCGGUGAAAGCCGCCAUCAAUGUUGAUGACAUCGAAGAUCUUGAUUUGGAUGAUACCGAAGAACAAACAUCUCAGGCAACACCUACUUCAUCUAAAGUGAGGCUUGGGAUCGUCAUUCCGGAGAAGAACAAGAAACCAAAGACUGCACAAGUGAUGUGUGAGCAAGUUACAAGAAUUGGUGACAUUGCUGAGGCUUCUCACUCAUCAUUCCAGUCUUUCAUGAAGCAAGAUGAGGCAAACUGUGUCACCUCGGUCAUGGAUGAAGUCAUUGCUUGUGGUGCAACAGUCGGUACCGAUGAGUUCUUCAUGGCUAGCGAGUUGUUUGUGAAGAGGGCGCAAAGGGAGAUGUUUCUGUACAUUCCUCUUGAGUCCCGAAAGAGUAGGACCUUCAAAAAUAAGGUACAUUGGAAGAACCGGUGCAACAACACAGAAUGUGAUGGCAGUAUGUGA